AUGGCUCGAAAAAGUAAAUCGCUUAAACUCAUUGAAGAGAGAAACAAGAAGAGACAGCUCGAACAAGACUCCUUACUCCAACCCGGUAGUUUCAAUAAUCUGGAUAAUGUAGAGGAAGAAUACCAAGCUGAUGAGGGUAGAAGAAACAAGAAGGCCAAACAAUCAUGGGAUGAUGAGGAACAGUCGUAUGAACUACAGCCAAGAAAACUAAGAAAUGAUGGCGAAGAAAUGGUUGAAGGUCUACCUAUCAAAAUCAAUGGUAAAGUAGAAAGACAAUUAAUUGCUAAGAAUAGAAAAAAAGUAACUCAAACAAAUGAAUCUGAGGAUGAAGAUAGUGAAGAAGAAAACAACAAAAACGCAGAAAAAGAUAAGGAUUCCCAAUCGGAGGUGGAAAAAGAAGAUGAACCUGAUACAGAAGAAAAGAUUAUUCAAUUGCAAGAAGAAAUUGCCGACCUUGUAGACAAACUAAUGAAUGAACCAGAGGAAUAUCCAGCAGCAUUGACAAGAUUAGUCAAAAUGACUACAUCAAAAAAUCCAAAUACAUGUAUAUUUUCAAUGCUGGCGCUUGUUCCGGUGUUCAAGAGUGUCAUUCCAGGUUAUAGGAUCAGACCAUUAACCGAUCUAGAAAAAAAAGAAAAAGUUUCAAAAGAAGUAGCAAGACUUAGAACCUUUGAACAAGGUUUAGUGCACAACUAUAAACUAUAUUUGGACACCUUGAAAGAAUUGGCUAAAGUUCCUAAUAAUGCUGAUCCUAUUAAGGUUAACAUUGGAAGACAGGCUGUAAGAGCAGCAAAUGAAUUAGCCACUACUGGUUCUCAUUUCAAUUAUAGAACAGAACUGUUCACUAUUUUGGUUAGAAGAAUUUGUAAACCAAAUUUGCAAGCUGAUCCAGAAUCCUUAAAUAUAAUUAAGACAAUCGAAGGCUUGUUUAAUGACGACACAGAAGGUAAUGUUUCUGCUGAAUUUAUGAGACUGCUAUCCAAAGUUAUAAAAACCAGAAAUUAUAAUGUUGAGGAGUCAGUUAUCAAUAUGUUUUUGUCGUUAGAUGUCCUACAUGAUUAUGACCCUAAUACCAAAUCAGAGAAUGAACCAGUUAGAAUAAAAAUGAAGAAGAAAGAUAGAGUACAUCUUUCCAAGAAACAAAGGAAAGCGAGAAAGGAGAUGAAACAAAUCGAGCAAGAAAUGGAAAAAGCUGAACAAACUGUCUCUGCAGAAGAGAGAGAAAGAAAUCAAGGUGAGAUUUUGCAACUGAUGCUAUCGUUAUAUCUGAAUUUCUUGAAGUCAGAUAACCCAAAACUGAUUGGUGCAUCAUUAGAAGGUUUAACUAAAUUUGGUAGUCAGGUCAAUUUUGAUCUACUGGGUGAUUUCCUAGCCGUUAUGAAAGAAAUCAUUUUAACGUCUAAAUUCGAUUCAUUAUCAUCUGAAGAAGUGAGAAAGAUUCUCUUAUGUAUAGUCAGUGCUUUCUCACUGGUAUCUAAUCACAACACUAUGAAGUUUUCGGUUGACUUAUCAUCCUUUGUGGAUGCGCUAUAUUAUGUUUUACCUUAUAUAGCACUGGAUGCUGACAUUGAAUACUCCUACAAAUCAUUGAGACUGGCCGACCCUCUAGAGAAUGAGAUAAUUAAGCCAUCAGUCAACGUGUCCACCAAAGCGGAAUUAUUACUGAAAGCUUUGAAUCACAUUUUUUUCAGAUCGAAAUCUGGAACAAGAGAAAGAGCAUGUGCAUUUACAAAAAGAAUAUACGGCUGUAUAUUGCAAACUCCAGAGAAAUCUUCCAUUGCACUACUAAAAUUCAUCGAAAAACUGAUGACAAGGUUCCCAGAAAUAGCCAGUUUAUACUCCACAGAAGACAGGGUGCUAAAUGGUAAGUUUGAUUUAUUUACAGACGCAAUUGCCCAAAGUAACCCAACAGCGGCCAUGCUAUGGGAAAAUGCGGUAUUGCAAAAGCAUUACUGCCCAACUGUGGUGAAGGGCAUUAGAGCUCUUUCAACAAGAUCAAAAGACUCGAAUAAAUAG